UUCUCACGCGUCUCCCUCCUCCCUCUACUGCCGCCAGCCGCGACAAGAUAUGGAUAGAGCGGCCGCGACAGCCGCAGGCAUCAUCGUCAUGAUCCCAUCGCCCUCGCCGUCGCCUUUGUAGCACUGCCUUCCUCGUCCACCGGGCCCCUAUUUCUUCCCACUUGGGUUGCUAGAUCGGAUUGGAUCCCGUCGGCCCGUUUCUUGGAGAAGGAGAGAUGGCCGAAAUGGCGGUGACUGUCGCGGCCGCCAACGGCACCCUCCGGACGUGCUCCGGCGUGUCGCCAACGGCGCCCGGCGGCCGCCGUGCUGCGGUUCUUGGUCGGUGGCGGGCUCUUGCGCCAGCCAACUUGAGAUUGUCCUCUCCAGCUGUGAGGGUUCCAAGGGCUACUUCCGCUGCGGCGGUUGAGGAUUGGAGCAACACUGAUAUAGUCCCUAUCCCGAAAGUUAUAAUAGAUCAAGACUCAGAUCCGGAUGCAACAAUUGUAGAAAUAACCUUGGGUGAUCGUCUUGGCGAGCUCCUUGAUACAAUGAAUGCCCUAAAGAACUUGGGGCUAAAUGUCGUUAAAGCUAGUGUCUGUCUCGAUUCUACUGGCAAGCAUAACAAGUUUUCUAUAACUAAAGCGUCCACUGGCCGUAAAAUUGAUGAUCCAGAGUUGUUAGAAGCAAUUCGACUGACGAUCAUUAACAACAUGUUAGUGUAUCAUCCGGAGUCCAGCAGUCAAUUGGCUAUGGGAGCAACUUUUGGGCCAGAAGCCCCUACAGAAGAGGUUGAUGUGGACAUAGCAACCCACAUAGAUAUCUAUGAUGGCCCUGAAAGAAGCUUACUUGUGGUGGAAACAGCGGAUCGUCCGGGGUUGCUGGUUGACCUUGUUAAGAUCAUCUCAGACAUCAACAUUAAUGUCCAAUCUGGAGAGUUUGAUACUGAGGGGCUACUGGCUAAAGCAAAAUUCCAUGUCAGCUACAGGGGCAAACCACUGAUGGAGGCUUUAAAACAGGUUCUUUCUAAUAGCUUGCGCUAUUUCUUGAGGCGGCCCACAACAGAGGACGCUAGCUUCUAGCCAGAUGAUCAUGAUGAAGCCUCCCAACUUUCUUAUGAGAUGGGAUUCACAUGAAUUGGAUACCAUCAUCAAAGCAUUUGAAACACGUACAAUAAUUUAUUAAGAUUGGGGAAAGUAUACUUAUGCUAUGGCACCACCACUUGAAGGUUCCAAGGCAGGGGAAUCUGUUGUAUCCAAGUGCAGGAGAUUGCUAUUCUUAAGCAUGCAAUGACACAUGAUUAUUUUGCUACCUCGGAUACAUGUUUGGUGGUAAAUAUAAAUAAGAUGGAACAUUGUGGGGGGCAUCAUCCCGUGUCUGGAUGCAAAUAUACCUUUUAUUGUCAGAUUAAUGAUGAAGUUACCAAUAACAGUCUUGAGCAUAAAA